AUGGUUUAUUGUGGACCUUCCUGUGCUGUGCCCUCUUGCGCCUCUGCCCCAGCUGUUGGCUUUGGAUCAGCUGGUUCCAGAGGUCUCGGUUGCGGAGGUCUCGGCUAUGGAGGUCACGGCUAUGGCUUGGGCUAUGGCCGUGGUUUGGGCUACGGCUUCGGAGCUGGUGCCUUGGCCGAAUCCUCAGGAAGCCUGGGCACCCUGGCCGGAGUCAUCCCCUCCUUCAUCAACCGGGUCCCAGCAUCCGAGGUGAUCAUCCAGCCACCUUCCGUUAUGCUCACCUUCCCUGGUGCCAUCCUCUCCGCCAACGGCGUGCCCAUCGCCAUCAGAGGCAACAGAGGUAUCAGAGGCAUCGGUGCCGGUUAUUAG